AUGACAAUUUCUACAUCAACUCAUGUAAUAAUAUCUGACAAAGAAAUUCCAAGCUCAAACAAAUGCCUCUUAAAAAUCGUACUAAUAGGAAUUCUACAAGAAAUGCCAGCCAAAAUUGAAUAUACUGAAAAUUCCAUUAUUGAAAUAUUUGUAUCUGACUAUAUUGGCCAACCUUACAAUUAUACAAUCAAAGUAGCCUUUCCAUAUGAUAACCCACGAUUCAAACAUUUCAAGACCACAAUUCAUUCACAAGAAUCAACUAUUUUUGUAAUUGGACAGAUGGAAAUCAUAGAUAAUGAAUUUUAUAUUUAUGCUAAUGAUAUCAAUUUCGUUAAUACUAACUUUAUUACUAGAAAAAAAGAACCCAAUAUCGACAAUAUCAAACUAUCUUCAAGCCCGACACGAUCUAAACUUCUAAGCGUCUAUCAAAAUAUGGCUAAAACUUCAAAACUAUCCCAAACCCACUCUUCUCUACCAACUUUAAACAAUCCUGAAAAUAUAACUUCAAAUAACCUAUAUGAAAAUGAUAUACUCUCUGAAAAUAAUACAACUCAAAAUAAUCUAUCUGAAAAUAAUAUAACUCAAAAUAGUUCAGUCGUAAAUAAUACAAAUCCUAAAAAUAACAUACAUUCAUUAAAAUGUAAAAGAUCUGAUGAAAUAAUCAAAACAACAAGUACUAAACUCGCUAAUACCAACAAAAAUUAA